GCAGCUGAAGCCUGGGUUCUCUCACUUCUUCUAAUUAGUGCGUACGUGUUGAAAUAUUAGAAAGAUAUGGAGUUCAUCGGGUUCUUAACAAUGGCAGUCUUCAUCGUCGUCGUUCUGUACUUACUCUGCAGAUUGUUACUUUCUUGCUGGGUUUUUCCUGUCCUGACUUACAGGAAGCUUAAGAAAAAUGGGUUAACUGGUCCGACUCCUAGUUUUCCUUUGGGAAAUCUUAGCGAGAUGAAGAAGAAGACUAGCCAAAGCUCUACUUCUUCUUCAUUUGGGCCAUCUUCAAAUAGUAUAACCCAUGACAUACACUCAACUCUCUUUCCCUACUUUGCUCGCUGGCAGAAAGCCUACGGAAAAAUGUUCGUUUACUGGUUGGGCACAGAGCCAUUCCUAUACGUAGCAGAUGCAGCCUUACUGAAAAAAUUGUCUUCGGAGGUCACCGCAAAGAAUUGGGGCAAACCGGCUGUGUUUAGACGCGAUAGAGCUCCCAUGUUUGGUAAUGGCCUUGUCAUGUCCGAAGGGGAUGAUUGGGUCCGUCACCGCCAUGUUAUCACUCCAGCAUUUAAUCCUACUAACUUGAAGGCAAUGGCUAGUUUGAUGGUGGAGACCGCAACAACAAUGCUAGACAACUGGGCUACUCAGAUCAACACUUCCGGCAUCCAAGAAAUUGACGUUGAGGAUUCAAUCACGGCAACAGCUGGGGAGAUCAUCGCCAAGACGAGCUUCGGUAUUAGUCACCACAGUGGUAGCCUAGUGUUCGAAAAAUUAAGAGCACUACAAAUGACCCUCUUCAAGACGACCCGUUUUGUGGGAGUUCCUUUUGGCAAAUUCAUAUAUCCCAUGAAAACCCUCGAGGCAGGAAGACUCGGGGAAGAAAUCAACCAGCUCUUUUUAUCGAUCAUCGCUGCACGAAAGAAAUCGAUUAGAUCAGAAUCCCCGCAACACGACCUUCUCGGGAUGCUACUCAAAGAGAGCGAUAAACCGGGCAACUUCUCGAAGUCUCUGACCACACAGGAACUGGUGGACGAGUGCAAGACAUUUUUCUUCGGCGGUCACGAGACAACGGCAUUGGCGAUCACAUGGACGAUGCUACUUCUAGCUACCCAUACAGAUUGGCAAGAACAAUUGAGGGCAGAGAUUAAGGAAGUUGUGGGAGAUAAAGAAAUUGAUGUCAAUAACCUUGCUGGACUAAAGAAGAUGGGAUGGGUGAUGAAUGAGGUUCUCCGAUUAUACCCUUCAGCACCAAAUGCGCAGAGGCAAGCAAAAGAUGACAUUCAAGUGAGUGAAGACCUAACAAUCCCUAAAGGAACCAACAUGUGGAUCGACACUGUGGGUAUGCACCAUGACCCUGAGCUAUGGGGUGAGGAUGUGCACGAGUUCAAGCCGGAGAGGUUCAAGAUGGGUUACUUGCCAUUCGGGUUUGGAGGAAGGAUGUGCAUUGGUAGGAACUUGACCUUUUUGGAGUACAAGAUUGUGCUGACCCUAAUUCUGUCUAGGUUUUCUUUUACUGUUUCCCCGACUUAUACUCAUGCUCCUUCUAUUGCGCUCUCUCUGAGGCCUUGCAAUGGCUUGCCUCUAGUUCUCCAGCCCCUUAACUAGCUACAAUGACAGAUGUCAGCAAUUCAAGUCCGCUUAUCUCUAACUAGUGAACUUAGCGGAUACUAAGAAGUUAGCUAGCUGGGCCCUGAACUAUGUGCCUUGGCACAUAUUUCAGGGAUGUAAUGUGUAUCGCUUCUGUUGUGUAUUAGGACUGUAAAGGGCAUAUUUCUGGGCUACAAAGUAAAAGCCUAGAGGGGCUUUUAAUUUUUCCUAGUUGCUUAAUAAUAUUCGUUAAUUUAUUAUUAAUAAAAUUCACUUGUUAAUCGAUGAA